AUCUUAUAUUUCCUAUCAUCGAUGCUCAAUGAGCAACGUUGAAAAUAGCCUACUUUAGUCGGACUCUUUUGCUGCUUCAUUUUAUUGUGCAAUUUGAUCCAUGUAAAGUGCGAUCAAGGAACCGGUACCGGUUCCAUUUCCAUACAUUAACAUAUUGAAGAAUCAACGUCAAUAAGAGAAUUAAACGAAUUAAGAGUUUCGAAAUAACCGGAAUUAUCAGAAGAGAGACGUACGUCAACAUGGAGAACAAACUUCUGCAAAUGUUGCAAGAUGUUGGAUAUACAGGUCCGAUGCUCGAUGCCAACAAGCUAUCAGAUGCCUUAAAGCUUGGCGCAAAAUCGCCAGAUUUUACUAGUCUUAUAAGCUGGUUUACUGAACAACUAGCGACAUUUAUAGAUAUGGAUGAGACUGUUCAUGCUACAACAAGUGCAGAUGAUGCUAGUUCCUUUCUCUUAGAGUUAAGCUUUUUCCUUAAGGAAAUAGGAUGUAUGAAUGAGAAAUUAAUGACUGGGCAUAUGAAUCAAAGACUAGCUAAUGAAUCUGAAAGAAGCAUUCUGAUAGAAUUUUUAAUAACUGAACUUAUGGCUUGUAAAUUAUUAGAGGCAAAAUAUCCUGAAGAAGAGAAACAAAUGGAAGUUACUAUUGAUGAAAGUGAUACUGCAAGAAAAUUAAAAAAUAUACUGGUCAUAUUAAAGUUUCAAAAACCACCAGACAAUAUUUCUCCUGAAUUACUGUUUUCAAGACUAGAAACUAAAUUAUCAGAAGUUCUAAAGACUGUACCAUCUUAUCAUUUAGGUAAACCACUUAUAGAUGUUGAACUCUCUGCUAAACAAUGGGAACAAUUGAAUAAAUUGCAGGAAAAAAUGUAUAAGGAAUAUAUGAUUCGUCGUGACAUGUUGCUCAAACGUCUUGAUGUCACAGUUCAAUCAUUUUUGUGGUCUGACAGGAUAAAAUCACAGGAGACUGAAGUAAAUACUAAGUAUGAGGAGAGAAGAAAGACUCUGAAAAAUGAGCCAAAGGUAACAUUGGCCGAUUUAUUAGCAGCAAGGGAUGAUUUAGCAGUGAUCGAGAAAACUAGUAACGCGAGUGUUCGCAAAAAUACAAGAAGCAAAAUUAAUAGCGUCAUUAUUGGAGCAGUACCGGAUAGAGGUGGUAGACCAUAUGAACAAGAACCGCCGCCACCAGAAAUGCCUCCAUGGCAGAAAGAUAGAGUUCAAGGACCACCGUCAUUUCAGGGUGGAAGAGGAGGAGGAGGAGGUGGCGGACGUGGAGGCAGCAGGGGUGGAGGUGGAGGUGGAGGCAGAGGUGGAGGCGGAGGGGGCUAUCGCGAUCAUAAAGACUCUAGCAAUAAUUUUGGUCAGAAUUUAGAUUAUCAACAAUCUCAAUAUUCUGGACAUGGGCAUAGAGAAUGUUAUCCCGAUCACAGAGAUGUGGGAGGAUAUCAGAGAAGUGGCGGUGGCGGAGAUAGAGGAAGUGGAAGCUAUCGCGGAGAUUCUGGCACGAAUUACGGUCAAAAUUAUAGCCAGAAUUAUGAUUAUCAACAGUCAUAUUCUGGUCAAAGAGACUCGUACGAAAAUGAUAAUCGAAGCGGAAACUAUUAUCAAGAUAGAAGGGAAAGUAGUAGAGGAAGAGGUGGUAGAGUUCAAGGUGGAUGGAAUCAGGGUGCGAAUAAUCCCAGUAUGAAUAAUUAUCAACGCGGUGGUUAUAACAGAAGCAGAGGCAGAGGGCAAUAUUGAAAAUAUUAUUUUUAAUGAUAAUAAAAAAUUCACAAAUUGAAAAGAGAAAGUUAUGAUAUUAAUAUAAUUUUAUAGUGAUGUUUAUAAUCACUAUGGCUUAUACGCUUACAUUAUACUCACACAUAACUUUGGUCUCAAAAUAAAUCUGAAUUUAAAAUAUGUAUAAUAAUUAUAUAAAUUAUGUCGUUUUUAGAUCACAAUUAAUAAUUAUUAUUCGAAAAACUGUAAUAUUAUUAAUAUAAAAUUUAGAGUAAUGACUCCUUUAAUGACAGCUUUUAAUCAUCAUUCGAUUUAAGCAUAUAUAUUAUAUAACUUAUGUUUUCUGUAUAAUUCGAAUAUAAUAGAUAUAAUAAAAGUAUAAAUAUACAUUUGUCUGUCUUUUGAACAUGGAUAGUUGAAAUUAAUUUGUAAUGCAAAGUAUGAAGACUGUAAAUCAAGCCACUUAAAUUUAAAAAUCUUUUAUUAAAUUGUGCAUGUAUCAAAA